GUCGAAACUUCUGUCCACGAAUAUUUUCGAAUGAUUACAAUUGAAGUUGUACCCGCUUGUUUUGUCACAAAUGAAAAUCUAGACGAGUGUGGUGAUUCUGGAUGUUUUUUUUAACGAAAACCAAACCGCGAAUCAAAUCGCGAUUUUCUGUGCUUCUUGAUUGUACUUACAAAGGCGCUAAAUAUAUUUUUUCAUUCAAGUAAUUUCAAUAAUGCAGGAGUUAUCAGUAAUGAUUUUCGAAAAAUACAAGCUUCGUUUGCGAUAAUGCACGAAUAACGAAUCGACUUGAACCUCGAGAAAGGUUUGCUCGUUGACAAUUACGAAAUUCAUCGCGAUACUCGUUAUCGAGUGUUCUGUUUACCAGUUACAUAACGCGUAUUCGGUGUGUGAAUGAAAGUGGACUGGUUUAUUGGCAACUUCUACGUACGGCAUGUGUAGUACCGCGAUCAGGUGCAGUGGCGAAAGCGUGCAUGUUUGAUGGGGUGAUAAUAGAGUUGUACUCUCGGCUAACAAACGAUUCUACGUUGUUUAUCUUGGAAUUUAUAGUGCGUGUGUUUCUCGAUGUGAUGAAGUGUAAAGUGUCAACCAGAACGAUACACGGUGUUCUUGGAUAAACCAUUGCUUUGUAAUUAAAAAUCACUUGCAUUUACCACUGUACUAAUAUAAAUACGAGUUAAUGUUCAGUUUGAAAGUAAUGAAGAUAAAAUUUAGUGAAACAAAAAUUAGAGUAAAAUAAAGAUAUCUUUAACGUUUAAAAAAACAUCAUUACGGUUUGGAAAAAAGAAUUUUUUGCAUACAUUGCAUACAGAAAGAAAUUAAUCUUAAAAAAAAAAACGAAUUAAAAUACACAGUACUCAACAACCGAUAGGAUGAGAAUAAAUAAAAAUGGAAACAUGUAUAUACAAGCGUACGACGCACUCUAAUUUUGCACCAUAAGUGAGAUUACGAGAAAAUUUGUUUUUAUCCUUUCGGUAAAAUUCUCCUAAUCAGGCUUAUUUCUUUCCCAGCAUCAUGGCUCGUCACGUCGGAAUAUUACUGCUGGUGGUUCUCCUCCUCAUCUCCUUCGGAGAAUCUCAAUCGUUCCUGGACUUGAAGAGUUACGGGCCCUCGUUGGAAGUCUUAAAUAGAAUCGAUCCGAGUAACAAGCGGUACGACUUCAUCGUCGUAGGCGCCGGUUCGGCUGGCUCCGUGCUGGCGAAUCGUCUCUCGGAGAACAAGAAAUGGAACGUCCUCCUUCUGGAAGCUGGAGGGACCGAGACUGUGCUUAAUCAAAUCCCGAUCUUCGUGGGUUACUUCCAAUUGUCCAACUUCAACUGGGGCUACAAAGUCGAGCCUCAAAAGAACGCCUGUCUGGGAAUGGUGAACCGACAAUGUUCCUGGCCACGUGGCAAAGCUUUGGGCGGUACCAGCUCGCUCAAUUACAUGAUCCACACGCGAGGAAACAAGCUUGAUUACGACAUCUGGGCCGCGCUCGGGAACGAGGGCUGGUCUUAUAACGACGCGUUGUAUUAUUACAAGAAAAGCGAGAGAUUCGAUGUUCCAGGCAUCAAGAAUUCCACCUACCACGGAGACAAAGGUUACCUAUGCGUGGAACACGUUCCAUACCACACGGAGCUGGCCACAGCUUUCCUAGAAGCUGGAACUCAGCUCGGAUACAAGAUCGUGGACUACAACGGCGAGGACCAGAUCGGAUUCUCGUACAUCCAAGCGACCAUGGACAAGGGGUCCAGGUGCAGCGCUUCGAAAGCUUACCUGCGACUCAACAGACCGAACUUGAACAUCGUCGUAGGUGCAACAGUCACCAAAGUCUUGAUCGACGAGAACAAGCGUGCUAUCGGGGUCGAGUACUCGUGGAACAACCAGACCAAAAAGGUCUUCAGCUCUAAGGAGGUCGUUCUUUCAGCGGGAACGAUCGACUCAGCGAAGCUACUGAUGUUGUCUGGAAUAGGCCCCAAGGAUCACCUGGAGGAACUCGGAAUCAAGGUCAUCCAAGACUCCAAAGUCGGUUACAACAUGUACGAGCACAUCGGCUUUCUCGGCUUGACUUUCAUGGUGAAUCAAUCCGUGGCGUUGCUGCAAAGCAGACUGGCGAGACCGAGCGUGUUUGUGCAGUACUUUUUCAACAGAAGCGGCUUGAUGUCUCUUCCUGGCGGAGCGGAAGCUCUGGCGUUUAUCAGAACCAAGUAUGCUCCGGACAGUAGGCCAGACAUAGAGCUUUUAUUCGCGUCGGGAUCCCUCCACUCUGACGGCGGCUAUCCCCUGAAGAAGGCGCUCAGGAUCACCGACGAGCUCUACGACACCGUCUUCAAGCCUAUCGAGAACGAGGACGCCUGGUCCAUCUGGCCCAUCCUGCAGAACCCGAGGAGCGUCGGUAGACUCACUCUAAAAUCGAAGGAUCCCUUCGAACCACCUAAAAUGGACCCGAAUUUCUUCACGCACCCAGCGGAUUUGGAGAUCAUUCUAGAAGGGAUCAAGCACGCCAUCAACAUCUCGAAGACGGCUGCUUUCCAGAAGUACGGUACCAGGCUGCACGAUAUCAAGAUUCCUGGCUGCGACAACUUCGAAUUUGCUAGCGACGAUUACUGGCGAUGCGCGGUUAAACAUCUGCCUUCGAUGAUGAACCAUGAGAUAGGCACCGUCAAGAUGGGUCCCAAGAGCGAUCCUGAUGCAGUUGUGGAUCCACAGCUGAGGGUAUACGGGGUUCAAGGGCUCAGGGUCGCGGAUGCAUCGAUAAUGCCAACGAUGCCCUCCGGGCACGUGAACGCAGGGAUUUAUAUGAUCGGUGAGAAGGCGGCGGACAUGAUUAAACGAUCUUGGAUGUGAGGAAUGAGAUGGUUUGAGGCAGGGACUUUAUACUUGCACGAUUUUAACACUAAACCCACCACGACCGGUCAAAUGACUAUUCAAACUUUUUUAUACAGUUCCUCUAUGCUAUAUAUGAAUUAUAUACAAUUGCUUCGUGCAUUGUUCAACUUAGUAACAAGUGAAAUAUUGUUUGCAUUUGACGGGUACGAUCACUCUAGAUGCUGAAAUAAAGGCCUAACUUUGAUAAUUAAUUUUGAGAGUAUCGCAAAAGGAAUAGGAUUACUUUUUACAGGGUUUAUUUAACACACAUUGCAGUAUAAACAAAGAUUGUUGUUUUAUAAUUUUAGUACAAAAUGACGGCGACAAAGCGAGUCUCCAGAAUGACUUUUCUUUAAACGCCUUCACAGAAGGACGGUUUUUUCGUUGAGUAUAAAAUCUGGAACAAAUAACCAAAAACUUUUAUAAUCUAUAUACUGUUGGCUAUAGAAGUACGUAGGGUUUUUUUUUAAAUCAAAUAGUGUAGAAAUAGCGCACUAACCCAUUUCUGGGUCAAAAAAUAAAUAGUUAAUUGUUAAUAAAAACGAAAGUGUACAUUAAAUAAAAAAACUGCUACGUACUUCUAUAGCCAACAGUACAUAUGUCAUAAAAUGUAUUGGUUUUCUGUUCCAAAUGUUAUACAGAGCGAAAAAACCGUCCUCCCAUGAAGGCGUUUUAAAAAAAGUCAAUUUUGAAGACUCCCUUCAGCGCCGCUAUUUUGUACUAAAAUAACGAGACAACAGUUUUUGUUUAUACUUCAAUAUGUGUUAAAUAAAUCCUGUAAAAAGAAAUCCUAUUCCUUUUGCGGCACUCUCAAAAUUAAUUAUCAAAGUUAGGCCUUUAUUUCAGCCUCUAAAGUGGUGUUACCCCUUAAUUGAAAGAAGUGUCUUUAAGACUAGUCAUCUGUCCUACCACGAUAGAAAUAUGUACUUGCAAAUGAAAUGCCGGUAGGUUUAAUGCUAAUACGUCACCAAAAAAUGCUAACUACAACUAUCAUUCUUUAAUUAUCUUAUUUAAUUAACUUCGAGAAUUUGUUUGUAGUCUAUAAAAUGAAGAACGAUUCCAAUGUUUUUCUAUUAAUAAUACUAUUCAGAAAGAGUACAUAAAUAUUUUCGUACGAACUUUAUACAAAUUAUGAAUAGAAAAAAACAUUGGAACCUUAUUUAAUAGAUUACGAACAUUUUCGAAAGAUUAAGCAUACUCCAAAAAUUUUGUUCGUAGUCUAAAGAACGAUCCCAACGUCUCUUCUACCAAUAAUACUAUUCAGAAAGAGUAUAUAAAUAUUUUCGUACGAUCAUUAUACAAAUUAUUAGUAGAACAAAUAUUGGAAUCGUUCAUUAUUUGAUAGGCUACGAAAAAAAUUCCUAAACUAUGCGUAAUUUUUCGGUCGUCACACCAGAAGGAUCUUAAUAACGAUAUUAUAUCAGCGAGAUACCGAAAUCGAUACACGGGGUGAAUCACGUCUGAAGUUUCGAGAUUUGAAAAUGUUUUAUUUAAAGAGAGACAUAUUAUGAUGAGCAAGAGAUGAGGUAUUUUCAUUGUUACAAUACUGUGCCCGAUAAAAAGACAAAUUCAAACACUACCUUCAGACGACCUCCUGAGGAGUUAUUCUUGUAAAAUCACGCUUCAAAGUACACAGACAAUUAAACGUUCAUGUGUAUGAUAUGGUAACAUGUACAGGUAUAAAAUUCUACAGAAUGUGUUCAAAUAUACCGGUAUUUCAUGUUACGGUACAAGUCCCUGGUCGGAGACUGCUCAAUCUCGCAUGCUUACGAGUAUGGUGUCUGGAAUAAUUAUUCCUGCUACCGCAAGACAGUGUGCAAGACUUUUCCUUAUAGGAAACAUGACUGUGAUCAUAACAUUUGUGAAAAAUCAUUGAUAUACUCGACACUUUACCUAAUAGGAGCCUAUUUAUAGGCUUUGUUUAUCUCCUAGAUCAACGUCUUCCCUCCUGGAAUUUAUCGACUCUGUUCUCGGUUGUUUAUUCACAGUCUUUAAUUUUAGGAAAUAUCUUUUAGCACGUUGACUGCCAAACAAAUAUUCUUUAAAGUUUCUACUAAAAUGAAAUAUUAUUUAAACUAUUGGAGACUGCAUAAUCAAACAUUUAUCGUCGUAUUUAUUCUUGUAAUUUCAUCAAAAUUCAUGAAUUUGGUUUAAAUUCAUUUCCUUUGAUGCUUGACAUUCGGAAUUAAUUUCGUUAAUUCUUCAGUGGAAAGCACUGUCACCCACAUGUGGUGACAUGGCGAUCAACGUGUUAAUACGCCUAUUAAUAGUAUACAGAAGUUAAUGUUAGGCUACAUUGAUGUAUAUUAAUGUGGAAAGUCCUCUUCCAAGUUGUAAGCCCUUUCCAAAUAUGGCGGUAUUUAAGUGUUACGAAGCUUCGUAUGUAAGUCUAACUCUGUUUACACAAGGCGUCACCUUUACCGUGGCCACUCUUUAUAUUUGCAGCGAUUUAUAUAAUUGGACAGAGUUUCAGAGAGAAAUGUAUGGUUUCAAGGUGUGGUGGGAUCUUUUUCCUUGUAAAUUCUUAAGUAAAUAAUUCACCUAUUAGACCAGAGGUUCCCAACGGGGUCGGUACCGCCCACCGGUGGGCGUUGAAGAGAUCUAAGGGGUUGCUUUUAGUCGAAGACAAAUUUGGGGGUCGCUGAGGACCAACUGCCGUCCCAUGGGCAAUAUUCGCAAGAACGCGCCAAAAGUUUGAUUAACGCGUUGACUGCCAUGGAUUCACAUGGAAAUGUUUACAGAACUAAAAUUUUGUCUCGAGACAAUCAGAAACUGUGGAAUCUAACAUUUGUCGUAUUACUCAUUUUUGUAUUCUCAUCAAAAUUUACGAAUUCUAUCCAGAUCAGUUUCCAUCAGCACUUAGUCCUUGAAAUCAUUUGUUGAAAUUCCUUAGUGAAAAGCUCCGUCACCCGUAUGUGGGUGACGCGGCGUGCAACGUGUUAAUGUGCACUAAAAAUCUUCGAAAGCAUGUUUUAACAAAUAUCUUCAAUGUUCAAGAAAUGUUGUAAAUGUCAGUGUAAUCAACAAUUUAGGAACAAAGAAAAGAAACAGAUUGUCAAUAGUGGAACGCGGCGAUUUAAUCUGACACCAAAUAUCAAAAAUUAUUGUCGUUACACCAAGCUCAGCCUUCUCGCUAAUAAUAUUAUAUUAAUUUUUUUAAUAAUAUAUAUUCGUUUAUCAAAUUUUAAACAAUCCAUCAACAUGUUAAUAUCUUUCAAUAAAGUAAUUUUAAUAAAAACCGGUUCUUGUUUUUAAAUAUACAGGAUGGUCCACCUAAGUAAGGCCACCUAAAUAUCUCCUCUAAUUGUGGGGGUACAAAUACUAUUCUGUAUGCUAUUUGAAUGGUUUGAAAAAACCAUUCUAUUGCAAAAGAUUUCUUUUUUCUAGGGUAAUUUUUUUCGGAGUUUACAAGGUUAUCGAUGAUUUUUUGCGUAUAAAUGUAUAAUCUUUUUUAUCGCAUCGUGUAGCUGAUGUAAAAAUACGUUCAGAUAUGUACAUUACGUGACCUUGAAAUGACCUUUGAGUUCAAAAAUUAAAUGGAAACGAAAAAUUGUUGUCAGUCGAGACUUUACAGACGAAGACGUCGUUCGGGAAUCUGUAAGAGUAAAUAAACACGUUUACACUACGAAUGACUUCUGACACCGCAGAAAUCAGAUCAUUUUUAAACAGUUCGUCAGUUUAUGGAUAUUAUCCUUCGCGAUGAAGUUAUUCAAAGCAAGAGAAAUUUGAUAUGAUUCUGAUUUAUGGUAAAAGUGAUCAGUGUUUAAGGCAAGCUGUUCGAUUGUAACGAGCGAAAUUUCCUGAACGCAACUGUCCAUCGCGUAGUACAUAUGGAAAGGUGGUCAAGCAUUUUUUUGAAAGUGGUAGUGUCAAUACGAAGAAGCGUACGCGAACCCAUAAUGUUACAAACCAAUUAGAUACGAGAUUUAUUAUGGAAAAAGUUGCCGAAAAUCCGCAUGUUAGUACACGACAAUUGGAACGGGUAACUAAUAUUUCCAAAACAAGCAUAAUACGAAUACUUCGUGAACAAAAAUUUCAUCCGUAUCAUGUGUCUCUCCAUCAGGAUCUACAUGGACAUGAUUUUGAAAAUUGCCUGAAUUUUUGUCAGUGGGGUUUACAGCAAUAUGAAAACGAUGAAUCGUUUUUUGAGAGAAUGUUGUAGACAACAAUUUUUCGUUUCCAUUUAAUUUUUGAACUCAAAGGUCAUUUCAAGGUCAUGUAAUGUACAUAUCUGAACGUAUUUUCACAUCAGCUACACGAUGCGAUAAAAAAAAUUAUACAUUUAUACGCAAAAAAACAUCGAUAACCUUGUAAACUCCGAAAAAAGUUAACCUAGAAAAAAGAAAUCUUUUGCAAUAGAAUGGUUUUUUCAAACCAUUCAAAUAGCAUACAGAAUAGUAUUUGUACCCCCACAAUUAGAGGAGAUAUUUAGGUGGCCUUACUUAGGUGGACCACCCUGUAUGUAUAACGUAGUAAUAUAGUAUAUUUCACCUAAAAAAGGCGCCGUCGAAUCACUGUUUGAAAAAAGAAAAAUAUAUAUACAUGUCGAAUUGAGUAACCUCCUCUUUUUCGAAGUCGGUUAAAAAGGGGGCGGUGGGCCAAGAAAGGUUGGGAACCUAUGUAUUAGACUAAUGAAUAUCGUCUAUUUAUCGAGAAGAAAUAAACGAAAUAAAUGGGCUGCAACUAUACAUUCAAUUGCCUUUCUUUAUCAUUAUCGAUUAAAUUUGUAUUCGAUAAUGUAACUAGCUCCGAUCAAAACAUUUCACACGUGGUUUACGUUAAACUAACUAUUCUAAUGCUUUCGUAUGUUCUGUGUUGCGUGAAACUCAUUUUUACCCAUCCGUUCUUAUCUACAUUAUUUUCAAACAGUUACGCAUGGGAUAAUGAGUGACAUUAACGAGUGUAAUUACGCAUAUUUAUCUAAGUGAACGCUUUGAAGACACCUAAUUAUAACUAGAGGGGAAUUGUAAACGUGAACAGGAAAACAAAUUGUGUUUAACACACGUGUCCAUAUGGUGGCAUCCCUGAUAAAUAUUUAUGUUUCUUCAAUUAUCGGUGACAUUUGAUAAACCGGUAGUCAGAGAUAAUUUUCAAUAUGUCAAGUACAAAACAUUGUAAACAAAGUAUGUAAGUUAAAGAAGAUUACCGUAAUAAAAAAAUUAACCAUCUUCGAAACAAAAGAAAAAUUAAUAAAUAAUGGAACUUUUUUUCAUUUCUGGAGUUACAGACGUAGCUGACACGUCUUGAAGAUUUCUUAAUGUACUUUCUCCAGUAAUAUAUUAAUAUAGGAUAUAUACAUACAUAUGUAGAAUUGUGCAAUAACCGGAAUUGUAAAUUAAGGUUGUCACAAUAAAGAAUAUAUUAACAUA